UACGCCGUUGCUCGCUUGUUGUGUGUGAAUGGUUUGCAACUGGGCUUUGAAGUAUUUGUUUCUGAAAGAUUAUUCAUUUGCCCAAAAGACGGUCAAUUAUUGAUGAGGAAAUAUUUUUAUAAAAUAAAAUUAGCGGUCCUGGAAGCAACGUACAUUUCAUAAUGAUGUUUAUGAUCUUGUUAAUGGCUCAUUGCAACAGAGGCAAAACAUUUCUAAAAUGAAUUUUUGGCAAUGUUUUUUCUCAGAAAACAUUAUCACUAUAAUAUAUUCAAGUGUCAUGGACCCACAAUGUAUCUUAGAUAGGUUACCUCCACAUUUGAUGUAGCUGGAAAAAAAAUAAACAAAGCUGACAACUGUCACUGGUCAAUGCGUGGCCUCUUUGGCUGGUCAAUAUGCAGAGUAAUACUAGUUGUGCCUCCAUAGAUGUUCGAAUUUCCAAAAAUGGAUUUCAGUGCUCGGUUGCUGUCAAUGUUCAAGGAGGAUGUUUUUUAAGACUGGGAUAUGUGUACACGGGGGCUUUGUGUUGCAGCUGAAAGGUGGAGAUCCUCUGGCUGAGUUAGACUGUUACUUAGCUGUGGCUGGACAUUCUCUUUCAAGUCGUGGCCAGUUGAUGACAAGAUUUUAGACGUGUUUUGUUGAUGCCUCUUAGUGACUUUCCUGUAGUUGUUUAGAGAAUGUGGAUUUUUGUGACCAGUUACAUGGGCUGCUUGAUCAUCUGGAACAUUAUUGUUCAAGAAUUUCUGUCACAAAUGCUUCUUGACACUGGUGUUUGUCAGACGUUUGUUGUUACGACUAGGUUCAUACAUUUGCCAAUUUUUCUGGCGUACGCCUAUGUAAAAACUGGGAGAUAUCAACAAUUCUGAUGCAGGAAUCUGGUGAAUUGGACGAUGCUCAUUUCUGGAGUGCAAGAAUGUCAGAAAUAGGACAUUGAGAAUGGCACACUCCAAAAGAAGUAAGGGAAGAGGACUUGCAAACGAAAUCACGAAACAGGAUGAAGAAACUUUAACAGAGAUUGCGGAAAGACUCUUGUUUGAAGACACAUGGACCGAAAAAGACAUAAGUAAAGCUAAAAUACUGAUAUCCGACCGCAAAUGUCUGCCAGUUAUGCGAGAAAUAUUGCAGGACCGGCUGAGAUUAGAAUUGAUACUUAGGCCACCAGUGACUAAGGAAAGGGCGGCUAGAAGCAGUUCUGACCAGUCGCUUAUAGAUAAGGUUCGGGAAGCUAAGAAAAGACAGCGACAAAAAACAUCGAACAAAAAGAAUGUGGAAUCAACUGGAACGAAUAGUGACACAGUACCGAAAGAGACUGGCGAUAAUCCUUACAGAAGACUUCGAUAUAUAAAAGCUUUGCAGGAUGGAAAGGAAACUGAUCGUUGUAUUCGAAUAAAUGUUGUUGGGAAUUUUGCACAGGGAAAAACAACCUUGGUUAGGAGACUAGUUGGAGAAAGUAUAGAUGGGGUUGAAGCUACAAAUGGAAUAGAUGUUGAUCGUUAUCGAUGUGAGCAAUCUCAAGAUGGAAAUCUGAUAUGCAUUAAAUCUGACGAAAGCGAUGUUUCAAAUAAAAUCCAACGACUGUAUUCGACAGCAAGUUCAUCAGAUUUAACUGACACGGACAAUUCUAAUGAUUUAGUUACUGAUGAUGCAAUGCCUGUUCUUGAAAAAGAAAGUCAAAAAUUGCCAACUUACUUUGAAGUUAUAAAUGAAGACGAACAGGAGUCGGUUAUCUUUGACAUAUGGGACUUUAGUGGUCAGUAUGUAUUCUAUGCAACACAUACGAUGUUUCAUAGUAGAAAGGCGAUAUAUCUUCUUGUCAUGAAUCUUUCUCUUGACAUGGACUGCAGCCUUUUGGGUACCGAGUUCCCGGCAGAGACUGGUGAUAGAAAUGUGGAAUACAUCAUCCAAUUCUGGCUAAAUUCCAUUCAUUCCUUUGUUGGAAUGCAAAACGGUUAUGAUCCGCUGAUUAUACUUGUCGGAACACACAAAGACAAACUGCACGGAGACGAAAAUGCUAAGCAACUUCUCGCAAAGAAAUACUUCGAAGACGUAAGAAAACGCUUCGAAAACACAGAUGUCAUAAAACAUAUUCAUUCAAAGGACUUUGUCGUUGAUAACAUGUCGUCCACGGAUUGUGGUAUCGAGUCUCUUCGGAUGGAAAUUGUUAAAUUAGGGAAGGAAAAAGCCAUAAAUGUCAAAAUACCGGCAAAAUGGAUACCUUUAGAAGACGCUUUGCAGAAGAGAAGAAAUGAAAAUAUAAUUUCACUAGAGGAUUUAAAGAAAAUUGACGCUGGAAACAUUCUACCGCUUGGCGAUGAGGAGCAAAUCAAAUUGCUUUUGCAGUACCACCAUGCCAAAGGAACUUUGUUCUUCUUCGAUGAAUAUCCAGUCUCGGACUACGUCGUUAUCAAUCCACAGUAUCUUAUCGAUGCAUUCAAAUGUAUCAUAACAUCUCAAAGGUUUUGCCGAAAUGAUCAUCCUGAGGCUCGACCUUUAUGGAGCUGCCUUGUGAAAGAAGCAAAACUUGAAAAUGAUUUUAUCGACUUUCAGUGGAAGAUGAACAAAGACAAAAACUUCAUGGCAAAUAGGGAAAUAUUACUGUUCUUUCUGAAGAAACAACACAUUAUAUCAGAAGUCAUGAGAUUCGAUGAGCAAUGUCAGGUGACCGAAAGGUUAGGCUGGUACAUCGUUCCAAGUUUACUGAAGAACCAAAUAACACAAACGAAGAUCAACGACAUUCUUCGAGGAAAGAAACAGACAAUUGUCCGGAUUGCUCUGCUUUUCGAUAACUCAGCAGUAUUACCAACGAUAUGUCAUCGUUUGUUUGCCGCAGCCCUUGGAAAUUGGAGUAUUGCUUCGUUCCACGACCAGUUUCUAUUGUUUGAGGACUACGCAGUAUUCAGGCUUGACAUGUAUGAAACCGGAAUCAUAAUUUUGAAUGUUAAAGAAAGAACCAUAGAAUUGCAAGUUUUAGGUCUUGGUUGCUCACCAUCUAUGGGAGAUAAUUUCAGGCGUUUUGCAGAAAAACUUGUUAAUCAUGAGUUUAGAAAACUAAACACCAGUGAACAUGUGGAACCGUACCGUCUACACUACAGAUGCAGUCACACAAGCCAUGGAGUUGGUUGCAGUCAGCUCGCUGAUCUGUCACUAAUAGAAGGAAAACAAAGCGUUCCCUGUCCGGAUUUGGAGAACCACAAAAUAAGUGUGAAUGAUGCAAAACAGGAAUGGUUCUUAGAGGGCAAUAUUAGUAUUAAUGAAAUACCACAGGUGGUACCAUCCGAGAAACAGCUUAGUAAAAUCUCCAAUUCUAUCGGGGAAAACUGGGAAAUUCUUGGCUUAGAAUUGGGACUCAAAAAGGUUCAAAUAGACCAUUUGAAUGAAGACAAUCAGGAUGCUAUCAUGAAAAAAUUUGGCAUGCUUUUAGAAUGGCGAAAACAGAAGGCUGAAAGAGCGACGAUAGAUGUUCUGGUAAAGGCAAUAAAAAGGGUUCCAACAGUCCGAAUCGACUGGGAUAUCAUUCGGAAUUUUAUUGACGAAAUCGGACUGGAAGUUUUGUCAACAUGUUUAUGAGCCAUGAUAACAAUAUGUAUUAAAGGUUAAAGAGGCACGUGGUAUGUACGGACCAUCUGUGCAAGAAUACUGGUAGAUUGUAUUCUUAAUCGCAUUUGCUGUAAGACCUGAGAUUAUUUUUAUGCAUCGGCGUAGAUAUUCAGUUCGAAAAAGGAGUAAACUACAUACAUUUGUAACAUACUAGUAAGCUUAAAGUGGCACACAUAUAAACAUAAUCACAAACACAUGUGCAAAGGACAACGGGAAUAAAAAUGAUCACUGAAACUUGCUGUUACCUUUAAAAAAAAUAGAACUUUUUUUGAAAGAAAAUUUGAAAACUAUUAAAACUAUAAUGUGUCCGAAAAUUUUGCAAAAUUUUUCUUGUGUAAUAUCGUGUUUCAUGAUUUUCAUGUCGUAGUAUGAUAUCUUUCGAGAUUUAAAGUUAUCUUUCUUUACAAUUUAUAACUUCACGUGUACAUUUAUAGUCUUUAUUGUGUCUUUAUUGUGUCUCCCACCACAUGGGAGACAUAUUGAUUUACUCCAAUCUGUGUGAGUGUGUUUGUGUCUGUUUGUUUGACUGUCUGUCUGUCUGUCUGUCUGUCUGUCUGUGAGUGUGUCUUUCUGCAUUUUUUCAGCGUUGCUUUCCCGGUUUUCCUUGUUGUUUUUUUAUUUUCUAUUUACCCAUAAUAUCCACCCCUUUCUCUUCCCAUACCCGUGUCUAUAUGUAUAAUUAAUGUGUACUUGUUGUUGGAUUUUGAAGCAAUCCGUCUGCUAUAUCUUUAAACCAAUUUUUUUUGUUGGAUGCCUUCUUUGCGAGCAUGACUCUCUUGUUGUCUUUGGUGUGCUCUUUGCUUCCGGGAAAUUUAUCCUAACGUCUUAUUUUUUAUAGGACAUUUAUAAACAUUUAUUCUAUCAUGAUCCACAGUAUCAAACACCCCGUAUAUGAAUCUACAAUUAAAUAGUCUUGGCUGUUACAUUUUACUCUACGAUUGUAACACAGGAAAUUCCACCUCUACUUCAGUUAAAUGCCGUUUAAAAAAUACAUCAAAUAUUCUGAGACAAAUAAAUACUAACUGAUAUCCAUUUGCAUGUAAGAGUGAGAAAAGAUUUUGCCUUCAACAUCAGUGUCCUUUGUAUGGCCGUAAAUUUUACAACAUCUGCAGUGCUGUUAAUGCAGACACUAAAAUAUCAACUACUAUGCCACUAAUUAAUACUUUGUAAUCUAUUUUCCAAUCAUGCAUACUCAAGUUUUACUUAGUUAAACUUACAUUUACUUAAUACCUUUCCCAAAAUGUCCUUGAGUGUAUUUGUGCACUGGGGUGGUAAACUCUUUUAGAAACUGCAUAGACUUUGUAAACUUUGAAUGAAGUUUUUAUAUCUGCUGGAAAAAAAUCACAAUUAUUACUACUGUAUACUUUAACUAAAAGUACUAAAUGUUAUUUAAUUUUUACAGCUUACGAAUGAAGUAUCAUACUGUAAUGUGCGAAAUAUUUACGUGAUUAGAAUCGAAAUAAUAAAUAUGUUCCAAUAAUACUAUUAUAGUUAAUAAAACAUAAGCAGUCGAUAAGAUCAAGCAUGCUAAACACUUAUGCAUCUGAAAUCCUGCUAAUAUUUUAUUAACUGAUAAAAUACAGGAGCAUAUUUAUUAUUACUAAAGUAUGCAUUUCAGUUUUGCUUUGUUCAAGUAAUUAGUCAAUUAAUGUAUACGAAUAAUAAAUUUUGAUAGUGAGUGA